GGAAGGAAGCAGUUUUACAUUAAAGAGCUUCGAGUCUCUCUGUCCCCAAUUCCCACUGGAAUCAGCUCUGCAGAAAGCCAUGGGUGACUCUAAAAUCCAGAUCAGUCUACUGCUGGCUAGUUAUUUUAUCUACCUAAUAUUGGGAUCUCUGAUAUUCCAAGCCCUGGAGACUGACUUUGAGAGAGAACUGAAAACAUCAGUAUAUGAAAUGAAAGCUGCUUUCCUGAGAAAACUUGGUGAUCUAACUCCAGAAGACGUUGAGCAAUUUGUGGAGAAUCUGACUCAUGCAGUCCGAAGAGGAAUAUAUCCCCUAGGAAAUGCAACAGAGCUUGACCGUAACAAUUGGGAUUUUAGCAACUCUUUUUUCUUUGUGGGCUCCAUUGUAUCCACAAUAGGUUAUGGGACUCUAUCUCCCAAGACAGCUGGUGGACAGAUUUUCUGUGUCAUCUUUGCUUUGUUUGGAAUUCCUUUAAAUCUCAUCUUCCUGCACCGAGUGGGUAAGACACUUUCCCUGUUAUGUGAAAAACUUGGAAAAUGCCUUCAGAGUCAAGGAAUGAAACAGAAAAAAAUAAAAUUUCUGACACUUCUGUUUUUCCUGAUGACUGGAAUCCUCAUAUUUCUUGGAUUACCACCAAUUGUCUUCCACUCAACAGAGGGUUGGACCUAUAAUGAAGGAAUUUAUUUUGCAUUCAUCACUCUAAGCACUGUUGGUUUGGGUGAUUAUGUAGUAGGUGUACAGCCUGGGAAACAAUAUUGUUCCUAUUAUCGAGCCCUGGUAGCCAUUUGGAUUCUCUUUGGCCUUGCCUGGAUUGCUCUUCUAUUUAAUUUGUUGAUCAGAUUUUUGGAAGACACAGAAAAAAAGAUAGCUGAAGACCUCCACAAAAUGGGAAAAGUAGGAAGAGAAAAUGGGAGAAGCCUGAAAAGAUUCCAGUGUGCAAGCCCUUCUCCUAAUGAGACCUUACCACUGGAUACUGAAGAAGGUUCUCAGAAAUUUGUUUUUGAAACAGCAGAAAAGGACAAUGAAGAAAAGAAAGAAACCAGUUUUCUUUGUGAAGCUGUCUUGUGAUGCCUUUUGAACUGAAAUAAUACUGUGGUGUUUGGUGAGCUAUGUUUUGUAAAAGGUUUUAUUGAAGAGAAGAUGAUAGUCAUACAGAAUUGUGAGACCCCAUUUCUUUUUAUCAAACCUUUUUUGUGCAAGCUUCUAUAUUCACAAUGACAAAUGUGAUCAUACUUGUAAUCGACAGGACCCAAUUAUGCAUGGUGGGCUUAGAUAUCUUCUUUUUCCAUUUACACUUUAGUAUUUAUAUAAAAGAGGAAAACUCAUAUAUAUAGAAUUGUUGGGAUUUUUGAGCUGGAGAUUAACAACUGAAGCAGAGGCUCUUCUGACUGCCAAAUAUUUAGUAGGUGCAGUCACAGUAGUCUAGCUUUCUUAUGCCAUUGUGCAAGCUAAAUUUGCCUAAGCACGAGGAUUUCCAGGCUGAUAGUAACUCAUUCUCACCUAGGGUAACUCAGAAAUCUAAAAUGUAAAUAAAUACUCUCAGUUGUACCUAUUGAAAAUUAAAUCCAUUUUCCAUGUUGCACAGAUAGAAGAUGAAUACCUGAUUACCAUCCCCCUAUAAUAAUUCUUUAUGUCACUGAAAGAGGGUAUUAAAUAAACAUUCAGUGUCAUCACUAUCCUUUAAGUUUAAUGAUUCCCAAAUGAAAACUCUUUGAAGACUCCAGAUUACUGUGCCAAUGUAAGGGACACAUGAGAAAAGGUAUGCACUUGCCAUAGGUUCUUAUUUCCAGUCCUUUGGUCAUUGUUGACAUUUUGUUGAUCCUCUGCAGUUCCUCCAACUGUCUGUCUUAAAAUAGAGCCUUGAAUUAAAUGCACUUCUCAAAUAAAGGUCUGAACAAUGCCAACAAGCCAUCAUGUGAUAUCCCCUGAAGUACUCAACCAGCCAUGAUAGUAAGGCCCAAUUUGAAGGAAAGCUGUGUCUACUACAAGGCCACGCACCCUGAAUACUCCAGCGAUUUUUUUCCCCUUUCAUUAUCUCUUUAACCUCCUUUGAUGAUUUAUCUUUUCUAGAAGUAUACAAAAUGGGCCAAAAAAGGAUUAUUUAAUCUAUUUGAAUUUUGAUUGUCAAGAAAUUCUAGAAGUAAGUUUGAAGACUAUUGAUAAGAUAUUGGCGAUAAAUUGAAUUAUGU